AUGCGUCUACCGAACGGCGAGCGGUUCAGGAGCGAGAGAGACGGGAUGGUUUUUUAUCUCUGCUUCUCCAUCGCGUGGACGAUCGCGAUCGCGAUGGGCGCCGUCGCCGUGAAGGAGGUCGCGCGCACGGCGUGGAGAUUGGUCAAGGUCGCUUCGUCUCUCUUCGCGGUGAUGUUGCCGUGCUUUUGCGUCAUGGCGUCGACGAACGCGCGACGAAUGCGGAUCGGUGCGGACGCGGGGGAGGCGCGAAAAUCGUCCGGGGCGGCGGAUCCGCUCGGGGACGCGCCGAGGGGUCGGAGAAGACUUUGCAUCGUGGGCGCCGGCGCGAGCGGGCUCACGGCGACGCGGCACGCCUUGAGACGCGGUUUUGACGUGACGACGUUCGAGAAAAGCGACUCCGUGGGAGGAGUGUGGGCAUACGGGCACGAUGCGUGUAAAGUCUUUAACAACGUGAUUCAGAACGUGACCAAGCUCACGAAUGUGUUCGCGGAUUACCCGGCCAAGAGAGCGUGGCCGUCGUACCUCGGAUGGCGGCAAACAAUGGAUUACUUGACCGGGUACGCCGCGGCGUUCAGUCUCAACGAGCACAUCGAGCUCAACGCCGAGAUCGUUCGCGUCGAGCGAGAUGAGAAGAGCGGGGAGUUCGAGGUGACGAUCGCGUACCGGGGCGAGUCGGCGACGAUGACGCAUAGGAUUGAACGCUUCGAUUACGUCUGGGUUGCCAGCGGUCAGCUGACGCAAGCGGCGAUGCCUGAGAUUCGUGGUCUGAGCACGUUCACAGGCGACGUCAUGCACUCGAGCGAGUACAAGACCCCGACGCUGUUCGCGGAGAAGAAUGUUCUGGUCGUCGGGCUUGGCUCAGCCAGCGGCUCAGACAUCGCGCAAGAGUUGAGCUGGGUGGCGAGUAGCGUCUCGUUAUCGAUCAGAACCGAGCGCGACGUGUACUCGCGCGGCAUACUCGGAGGUGUCGCGAGCAUGAUGAACCGUGUCGCUUGGAUUCUUCCGGCGUGGUUGGGCGUUUUGGGCUACACGUACCUUGACUGUUACGGAUGGAUUCAUCACUUGCGUAAGGGUGUGACGGACAGUGGCGACUUGCUGUCGCACUUCGCGUUGAAUAAAAUCAAGCGCGUAGACGUGAUCGAACGCGUACACGGGAGCACGGUUUACUUCACUGACGGUACGUGCAGCGUUUACGACGUAAUUAUCUGCGCCACUGGGUACCGUCGCUCGUUUGAUUUCAUGGCAAAAAAUCUUCAGCCGAAUGAAAAAUCUGGACUUUUUGAGGAUUGCAUCUUACCAAGCGAUCCACGAGUGGCUUACGUCUUGUUUGUUCUUCCAUUUGGCUCGCACUGGCAGUUGGCCGAGCUUCAAUCAAUGCUCUUGGCGCGCGUGCACGACGGAACCAUUCCUCUUCCAUCGAGAGAAACGAUGGCCACGCUUGCGGAUUCCUUCAACAUCGUCGGUACGCACGAACACCUCGCCGAGUGGUGGAAACACCGAUACAUCUUCGUAUUGGCGCCGUACAUCUUUCCAAAACUCGCGACACUCUGGAGACGACCGCGCUUGGCAAUGAGAAUACUCUGGUCGCCUUGGGUAGCUCCAUUCGGAGAAUGGGCGAGCGAGAACGACCGCGAUCGAACGUGUUACCGCGACUCGUGGGCUCUCGCAAACGUCACGUGGAGCGGUCAUCGACUGAACAGAUGCAUGUUCUUUCCGUGGUGA